CAAAAAACAAAGCUGAGAGACAAGAUUUAAAGUGAUAUGUAGAGGAGGGCCAAAAGCAGUUGGCUUUAGGACUCUCUUCAAUUUUUUUUUCAGUUUAUUCACUUGUAUGAAAACUUUAUUGAUAUUUUCCUACUAGAAGAAGUGUGUGUGGUUAAGGCAGCGAGGAAGAUGUAUGUAACCAGACCGCGAUCAGUCUAUCACCACUUCCCGGGAGCUCUUUCGCUGCAGCCACAGGCAGAUGUUGCGUAUUCGGGCCACCUCGUUGUGACAGAUGAGGAAUCGGAGGCGAUGGACUCCUUCUGCUGUGGGAUUUGGAGGAAUCACAAAAUCAAUAGGCUGCCUUUUCCUUCAGACAGAGUGUUGCAGGUGGUGCACUCUUCGUUGCAGGAAGAAGCCGGCGUGAUCAAGGCUUGGUUCGUACCUGUUCUCGAUCAGCCCCUCUCGUCCAAUCGCUACUAUGUCAUCAAAGCUAAGGGAAGGCGAAAAGGGCCUACACAUGUUCGAGAGAGGGAGAUGUCGGGAUGUGCUGUUGUAGGCGUCCUCGUGUGGAGUCGAAAACAAGGCCUUUUGAUCAUAGGGAUAGGUACCAGCAGUUGGAGAUUAGGCCAUUUCAUGGUGGUGGUUUUUGUGCUAGAUCAGUGGAAUGGGAUGGUUACCCUCCUACUUUUUUAAGCAGAGGUGGAUGGGAAGUCUACAAGACGCCUUCGUGCAGACUCCAUCUGCAUGAAGGCGCGGGCCUUCUUCCCACGCCACCGUUGGGGUUCCCUGACAGGGACCUCCCACUCAACGCGAGGCGCUCCACCCCUGUGGUGGUGGG